AUGUCUCCCAACAGUGACAACGCCAUGGCCCGCUUCCUCUUCGCCAUCCUGAAGCAGAAGAACCUCAAGGACAUUGACUGGAACGAAGUCGCUCAAGAUCCGGUCCUGCUGCAGCCCAUCACAAAUGGGCACGCUGCCAGGAUGCGAUACUCUCGCUUCCGUGCCACCGUCACUGGCCACGAGCCGCAGAAGAGGAGUCGCCAUGGCGAAAAGGGGAAGAUCUCCAAGCCCAAGAAGGACGCACAAACGAAGAAGGAGCCGACCAUCAAGUCGGAGUCGCUCGCCAGUCUGUCUCCGCUUGCACAGUUCUCUCCAGCUUCGAUGGUCUCCCCAUAUCUGGGCGACACCAUGGACGACUUCAAUGCUCGGUUCCUGACUCCUUGCAGUGAUGACAUGACCCAAGCUCUGUCAGUCCAUCCCGCUGCCGUCGAGAAUGGCGCUCGCAAGGCCUCGUCCGCCUUCACUUCCAGCACGGACGGAAGUCCCGACUUUCCUCUCUUCGACACAUUCGACCCUGCCUAUGACUUGAGCAGCUACAGCGCCGAGUCUGGGGACUUUCCCCAGAGCCAAGGCAUCUCUGACCUCGGCGCCACUCAGUCCUUGGUGGACUGCGGCCAGGACUGGAGCGACCGCUUCCACGACCCGCAGCUCUUUUGA